AGCUCUGGUUAGAGCACUUGGAGGGAGAGAGAGAGAGAGAGACAUAUCCACAUCAGACAAGACUAAGAACAUGCUCCGCCUGCUCCUCCUGUGGGGGUCUCUCCUCUUUGGAGUCGUCAGUUCCAGCCCAACCCCAAGGAAGCUUUUUGGGGAGAUCACAUCCCCCAAUUACCCCAACCCAUACCCCAACAACAACAUCAGCACCUGGGACAUUACAGUCCCAAUGGGGUUUGUGGUGAACUUGGACUUCUGGCAGUUCGACCUGCAGCCAUCUGAGUCCUGCCUCUCUGACUACGUCAAGAUCACAGCAGAUAAGAAAGACCUGGGUCGGUACUGUGGCCAGCUAGGCUCAGCGACAGGCAACCACCCAGGAGUCAGGGAGUUUGUGUCCAAAGGGAACCAGAUGAGGCUGAUGUUCCACUCUGACUUCUCCAACGAGGAGAACGGCACCCUUAUCCCCUACAAGGGCUUCCUGGCCCAUUACCAAGCUGUGGGAAUCCAGUGCCCACAGCCUGUGCCAAGGGACCAGUUCACCCUCAUCAAAGACUUGCAGCCCCUGUACCGAUUUCAUGACUACGUCAAUGUCAGCUGCCAGACUGGGUAUGGACUGAUGGAGGGUGACCAGAAGUUGGCAUCCUUCAGCGCUGUCUGCCAGGAUGAUGGGACUUGGCACCGACCCAUGCCCCGGUGUGAAAUUGUGAGCUGUGGUGACCCCAAAAAUCUCACCAACGGGGCCUUCAGUUAUGUUAGCGAACACGGAAACAACAACUACCAGUCAGUGAUCACCUACCAGUGCGAGGAGCCUUAUUACCACAUAGUCACCAACAGCGAUACAUACAACUGCUCCGCUGAGGGCUCCUGGGCAGACCAAGAUGGCCAUGAGGACAUCCCAGUGUGUUUACCAGUGAUGUAUCGGUGUUCAGCCAGCAGGAGAUGGGUGAGCGAAGAGAUGGGAACAGAGCUUCCAUUGUGUGUCCCAGUCUGUGGGAUCCCCAGUACACCCAUCCAGGAGCUGCAGAGGAUUUUUGGGGGCACCCGUGCUAAGCCAGGCAACUUCCCCUGGCAGGUCUUAUUCCAAAACCCACGGGCAGGUGGGGUACUUAUUUCAGACCGCUGGGUGCUGACUGCAGCUCAUGUGCUGGAUGAUUCAAAUAGCAAGCCCAUAAUGUAUGCUAGGGUGACCAACAUCAGCCAACACAUAAAGAGGGAGGAGUCCAUACAGCUGUUUGAAGAAGAAGUGUUCAUUCACCCUAACUGGACGAAAGUGGCAAAUCCAGAAGCUCGGACAAAUUUUGAUAAUGACAUUGCACUGCUGAGACUGACGGCGCCUGUGAAGAUGGGCCCCAAGAUCUCACCACUCUGCCUCCCUGGUGGUUCCCCUGAAUAUGAGCUGGAGAAAGGCAGACUGGGCUACAUAUCUGGCUGGGGCCGGACAGAGGACCGAAACAAAGUUUACCAUCUCAGGAAGGCACAGAUCCCUGUGGUGGACAUGGCACAAUGCCGUAGUGUGAAGCCAAAGCCACCUGCUGAUUCCACCACUUUCCAAUUCACUGACAACAUGGUCUGUGCUGGAGAUGGCACAAAGGACAGCUGUUUCGGAGACGGUGGCGGAGCCUAUGCCAUCAAAGACCCCCACAAUGACAGACAGUACUAUGUGGGUGGCCUGGUCUCCUGGGGACCACAGUGUGGCACAUAUGGCCUUUACACCAGAGUGGGGCGCUACCGGGACUGGAUCAUGGGGACCAUGAACCGAUAUGAGGAGGCAGAGGGAUCACACAAAUAGAGCCUUCUCACCCUAGGGCACUGCCAUCUCACCAGGUGUUGAGGUCACAUGUCCCAGCAGAUUGGCUGCCCUUUGAUCCCAUCUACUCUUUGCACAACAGACCAGCUGCAUUGUGGCUGUGCCGGAGUAGGGAGUCAGAAACAAUGGGUUAUCUAUUCCAUUGUAACUACAUCAGGGAGGGGCGUCUCUCUUCCUUCCUCCACUGGAAUUGCCAGGGCAGGAGCAGAGAGCAUGCUGGGUAAAGAGGCCCCCUUUUACCUUUACUCAUCACAUUCUUUGCUCAAAUUCCUUGGUUUUUAGAGAGAAGCUAGCCAGGCCGCAUCCACAUGAUCGCUCUGGGCUGAAACCCACCAGUGGGGACAAUAGAGGGUAAUUGCUGGUCCACAAGGACUAGGUUCAGAGCCUGGCCACCAAUAGAUGAGGGGCUGCUCCUUCUCCUCACUGGGACAAUAGAGGCUCAUUGACUUCCGACUCACAUAUUCUCUGUAUCACUCACAAUAUCUAACUGCAUAAAGGAUCACCAAAUCACCUCCACGUGUGCUGCCUCCUUUCUUCCAGACUAGACCUAGGUUCCCAACUAAAGUGACCCAUCUCCCCCCUCUCUCCCAUGCUAAUAGCUGUAGGCCUUUUAAAAGCUGUGGCUCAUGCUACCUCACUGCAGCAUCUGGGACCUUUAUAUGAGCCACAGUGGUACUGGCUGGAUCCUCACUGGGAGCUGCUGUCAAAGAGAAGUGGUUGUUUCACAGAUCCAGGCCUAGGAAUCAACCUGAGGGGAGCGACUCUUCUCCCAUUCGCCUGCCUCAGGGCCAGAUUUUCAAACUUAGUCAUCCUGUGCAAUAUACACAAAGUCCAGGGAGGUCAGUGGACUUACAGCAGAGAUGUACUUGUCAGUCAUCAAUGUCUCACAGACACCUUCCUUUCCAGCAUGCUACUCCCAGUCCUGAAAUCUCCAUACACGUUCUGGAGUAGUGAGGGAAUAGUUCCUCUGUUUGUGGCUCUGAGGAGACAUCACCAGAGUUACUGUGCUCCGCUCUGGGAUCCUCAGUCUCUGAGGCUUCAUGUCCUGGAGCAAGGAGGGGAUAACACCUCUCUGUAUGGCUCUUGGGGAGACACCACCUGGACACUCUGCUCUGCUCUGGGCCCUUGAGUCCCAACCCUACCUUUCCAUUCAGCCUUGGACAGGCCCCACCUGAGGGCCUGCUUUCAGAAUUGGGCCUCUUUAUCAGAGAGGGCUUUGGAGGUCAGUUGAAAAAACCACCCGAAGUCCUAAAAAUAGCCAGAUCGGGGCUAGCAGAAAGCCUGAGUGUCUGAUGUUUGAUGGCUACUUCAGCAGAAGCAGCUCUGCAGAGUUCAAUUUGGGAAACACUGAUCCUUUGGAAGCUAUGGAAAUGGGGAUCCCCAAAUUAAACAAAGACAUUUCUUUAUCCCCCAGGAAACUCUAGUCUCUUCUCUUCACUUCAGUCAAGCAGCAUCCCUCAGUU